GCGGGGGCGGGGGCCUCGGUGGCUGGUUGCGCGUGUCCGCCGCUGGCUCCGCUCUAUCCGGCUUUGCUAGGGGAGGUGAGUCUGGCCGCGGCGGCACCGGCGGCUGAGGAGGGCGGCGGCUGAGGAGAAAGCGGCCGGCAGCGACUGAGGGAGAAAGCGGGCCGCGGGGACGGGAAGCCGGGUGGGGGGGAGGGGGGGGGAGACGGAGCAGCCUUGAGCCCUGCGGGGGCCGUCGCGCGGGGGGGACCCACCCGCUCUCUCCCCCCAACCCUCCUCAGCAGAAGCAGCCGGCGGCGGGGGCAGGAGUCAGCCCGCUUCCGACUGCACCCCGCCCGCCUCCCGGGGCUCCUAUUCUUUGGCCCCCGGGACCCUAACCUCAUCCCGGGGCGGUUCCCUCUGUCUGGGCGUCCGAGUGCUGCCCACCUCUUUCAUUCCUCCCUGCACCUCCUUACCUUCACUUUGCCCCGGUUCUCUUUCUCCUCUCCGUCCUGCCCUGUCGCCUCCUCUGCUCACCCUGUCCCCUCCUGCCUCCUUCCCUGGUUCUUUUCUGUUCUGGAAAGUUUAGUACCCCCCUCCAAUCAGGUCAGCCUGACUAGGAGUAGGGGGGAGAUGGUAGGAAGGCCUGAGAGUUCGAGGGGGGGAAGCUGGUUUCCCUGAUAAUUUCCCCCCAUCUUUUGAAUUUGGGGUGGUUGGAAUUUUUUAAAAUUGUAUUUUUGAGGAGGUGGUAGGUGUUUAGAAAAGGAUGUGGGAAUGGAAGGGGUAGAUGAGUCAACCCUCUUACAAGAUUCCAAGGGUGGCGUGUUACCUGAUCCUUUUCGUGUGUGGAGUUCAGGGGGUCGGGAGGUUUGGGCCCUUUAUUCCCACAUUCAAAGUUGGAACCUCCCCCCAAUUAAGGAUGGAGUUUUAGUACCCACUUGUGGCAGGAAACCUGGGGGGAAGGGGUCCCUUUUCCUGUUUCUUUCUUUUUCUUUUUUCCUUUUCUUUUCUUUUUUGGCAAUCCACACCCUUCCACACACGCUCACCCCAAAACUAAACACCAAGAUCCUCUAACUUGUUUGGAUUGACUGAUGAAGACAUAAAGCCAGUUACGCUCCAUGUUUUUUGAGGUGGAGUGAGUGGUUUUCUUCAUUUUUAAUGGCCAAAUGACAGCUUGACCCAGUUUGGCUUUCCAAUCAAAGGGCAUUUUUUUGAAUGUCUCUUUGUGGCGCAAGAGCCAACGCAAAAAUGAUGGCGGCUUACAAUGGCGGUACAUCUGCAGCAGCAGCAGGUCACCACCACCACCAUCACCACCACCUUCCACACCUCCCUCCUCCUCACCUUCACCACCACCACCACCCUCAACACCAUCUCCAUCCGGGGUCGGCUGCCGCUGUACACCCUGUACAGCAGCAUACCUCUUCGGCAGCUGCGGCAGCCGCAGCGGCGGCCGCAGCUGCAGCCAUGUUAAACCCUGGGCAACAACAGCCAUAUUUCCCAUCACCCGCACCGGGUCAGGCUCCUGGACCAGCUGCAGCAGCCCCAGCUCAGGUACAGGCUGCCACAGCUGCUACAGUUAAGGCGCACCACCAUCAACACUCGCAUCAUCCACAACAGCAGCUGGAUAUUGAGCCGGAUAGACCUAUUGGAUAUGGAGCCUUUGGUGUUGUCUGGUCAGUAACAGAUCCAAGAGAUGGAAAGAGAGUAGCACUCAAAAAGAUGCCCAACGUCUUCCAGAAUCUGGUCUCUUGCAAAAGGGUCUUCCGGGAAUUGAAGAUGUUGUGUUUUUUUAAACAUGAUAAUGUACUCUCUGCCCUUGACAUACUCCAACCUCCACACAUUGACUAUUUUGAAGAAAUAUAUGUUGUCACAGAAUUGAUGCAGAGUGACCUACAUAAAAUUAUCGUCUCUCCUCAACCACUCAGCUCAGAUCAUGUCAAAGUUUUUCUUUAUCAGAUUUUGCGAGGUUUGAAAUAUCUCCAUUCAGCUGGCAUUUUACAUCGAGACAUUAAGCCAGGGAAUCUCCUUGUGAACAGCAACUGUGUUCUAAAGAUUUGUGAUUUUGGAUUGGCCAGAGUGGAGGAAUUAGAUGAAUCCCGUCAUAUGACUCAGGAAGUUGUCACUCAGUAUUAUCGGGCUCCGGAAAUCCUGAUGGGCAGUCGUCAUUACAGCAAUGCUAUUGACAUCUGGUCUGUCGGAUGUAUCUUUGCAGAACUACUAGGACGAAGAAUACUGUUUCAGGCACAAAGUCCCAUUCAGCAGCUGGAUUUGAUCACGGAUCUUUUGGGCACACCAUCGCUGGAAGCAAUGAGGACGGCUUGUGAAGGCGCUAAGGCGCACAUACUCAGGGGCCCUCAUAAACAGCCAUCUCUUCCUGUACUUUAUACCCUGUCUAGCCAGGCUACACAUGAAGCUGUUCAUCUCCUUUGCAGGAUGUUGGUCUUUGAUCCAUCCAAAAGAAUAUCCGCUAAGGAUGCCUUAGCCCACCCCUACCUAGAUGAAGGGCGACUACGAUAUCACACGUGUAUGUGUAAAUGUUGCUUUUCCACCUCUACUGGAAGAGUUUAUACCAGUGACUUUGAGCCCAUCACCAAUCCCAAAUUUGAUGACACUUUUGAGAAGAACCUCAGUUCUGUUCGACAGGUUAAAGAAAUUAUUCACCAGUUCAUUUUGGAACAGCAGAAAGGAAACAGAGUGCCUCUCUGCAUCAACCCGCAGUCUGCUGCUUUUAAGAGCUUUAUUAGUUCCACUGUUGCCCAGCCGUCUGAGAUGCCCCCAUCUCCUCUGGUGUGGGAGUGACGGUGGACGAUAUUGUACUACUGAAGAUGUAAUGUAGCUUUCCACUGGAGUCUGGGAUUUGCAAUUCUGGAGGUUAAUCAUGCUUGUACUGUAAUUUUACUAAUGAAGUUUUAAAUUAACAACCACUACUUGUAUGAUAUGAAUAAUAUUUAGAAAUGUUACUAGACUUUUAAUCUUGUAAAGUGGUUGUGCUUUUAGAAGAAAACUAUUUUACCCAGAGUUGCACAUGUUUUAUGAAUUUAGUGCAGCUGUUAUGGCUCACCUCAGAACAAAAGAGAAUUGAACCAAAUUUGGGAUUUGGGGGUUUUGUGUUUUUGUUUUGUUUUCUUUUUGUUUUUUUAAAAUGAAGUGAGAUUGUUCACACACACACACACACACACACACACACACACACACACACACACAAAGGACAGUCGUACAUUUUGAUAUUUGAGCCAUUCCUAAAAAUUUGGGGUUUUCUAAAACAAAAGAAUCUAGAAACCUUGCCUGCGACCAAUCAUGGAGCCACAUGAGGGGAUCGUGGCUGCACCUGGGGGGUGGGGGUGGGGCAUGCCACCUAAUGAUCAAGCCCUAUAAUUAGCUUCUCAUUAGAGCUGUGACGGUGAUGUGUGCUGUCUAAAAUCCAAUGUUGUGGGUAGAGAGAAUGAGUUUGUGACUAGGAGAGACUAAACUUCUGUUUUCCUUACCCAGUAUAAAUAUAUAUAUAUAUAUUUAAUCUAUUUUUAUUAGAAGUUUUUCUGCUCUUUCUUACAUAAAAGAACCCCCCAAGCAUGCAUCUUUCAUGUGUGUAAAUAAUUCAUUUCUGGGCUAAUUUCAAAAGAAUCCCAAUAUUGCUGUAUAGAAAGAGAACUAGCUUGCACAUUUUAGGUCUGUGAAAUUUUGUGAGACUUUUCCUGCACUGGACAGUAAAAAAAAUAAAUAAAUAAAGACAAAAACAAAUUUUUAAAAAUUUUAAAGCCACAAAAAAAGGCACAUAGGGAAUUAUGUCAAAUGUGUUUGUGUCCUUAGGCAAAGCUGUGGGAGUCUUGAAAUGUCACAGUAGUAAAUAACUUAUUACUUUUUGACAAAUUCUUUUUUCUGUUGGAACACUGAAUUCUUCUGUGCAUAUGUAUAUAUGAAUACAAAUUGAAGGCCUCUACCUCCUGGAGUUAUACAACUUGGCUUGUUUACCUCCACAUGCUGAUGAUGACUAUUUUUUUUUUUUAAGUUCAAUGUGGAGACUUGAAACUUGAAUGUCCCUUCCAACUUUUAUAUUAAAAAUAAAAAGACAAGAAAAUUGAAGAUCGUUUUUCACCUGUACAAGGAAUACUAAUGGAUCGUCUUAAAAUUGGUCUAGGAAAAAACCUUGGUGUGUGUUAUGGACAAUUAACUGUUAAAGUUAUUGUAAGUUAUCUGUAUUUAGCAGAGUAUUUUCAUCUUGAGUGAUCUGAGCUGAAUUUGAAGACUAUUAAUAAGUUAUGUUUGGAAGUUUUAACUUCAAUGAAGUAAUUAUUUGCUGUGAAAGAAACAAACAUUGAAUUACUAAACAAAGAUGGUGCAAUAUCUUUGUUUUUUUUUUAUGAGGCUCCUGAGAAUCAACCCAACUGAAGCAUUUCAAUUCACUUGAAUGAGAAACGUGUUUAGUAUCAAAAGAGCCCAAGAAGACACUGGUGUGAAAGGUACAAUCUCAGAGGUUGGUCAAUUACCGUGGCACACUUACUGGUCACUUUGUACAAUGUAGAUUUGAAGUACAGUGGUGAAAACAUUAAAUGUGACAUUUGAAAAAGAUGUGUCAAUCUGUUUUCUUUCAAUUCUUUUCCUUUGUUUUCUCUUCAGCACAGCUUUUAUUCCUGAUUUUGCAGUUUUAAGACAUUUCCUAUUUAUAUUUUUAUUUUGAUCUUUGAGGAAAUUAGUUGUGGUUUUUAAAA